ACUGCAGGCCGCACUUAGCUUACCGUCAAAAAUAAACCAAAACAAUAACAGACAAAUCUGAGAAGGGGGCGAAACGCCGGUAGAGUCAGAAGACGACGAUAUCAGAGUGAUUGAUCACCUUGAUGGAAGGAGACACCUCAAAUAUCCUGUUCGUUUUAUUGUAAAGGUUUUUGUCAUCAAAUGUGAAGUCUUUUUUUUACAGAGUAAAGACAUGGAUCAAGGAGGAGGAGUGUUGGAGCUACACACUCAGGAGCUGAAGAUGCCCCAUGCUAUGAUCAUGCAAGAUUUUGUUGCAGGCAUGGGGGGUCUGGCUCACAUCGAUGGGGAGCACAUUGUGGUGUCGGUGCCUGAGGGCAUGCUUCUUUCUGAUGUGAUGACGGACGAGGGCAUCCUCCUGGAGCAUGGACUUGAGGUGGAAGGCUUGGAGACUCAAGUGGUUCAAGGCCUCGAGACAGAGGUGGUUGAAGGACUGGAGACCGAAGUAGUGGAGAGCUUACAUGCAGACGUAGAGGGCUUGGAGGCAGAAGUAGUCGAAGGGCUACAGACACAGGUCGUAGAGUUGGAGGCUCAGGUUGUUGAGGGCCUAGAGGGUGAGGUGGAGGUGGAGGGCCUUGAGGCACAAGUAGUCGAGGGCCUGGAAACUGAGGUAGAUGUAGAGGGCCUGGAAGCUCAUGUUGUUGAAGGUCUUGAGGAGGAGGUGGAAGUGGAGGGCUUAGAAGCUGAGGUUGUUGAAGGCCUGGAGGUAGAUGUGGAAAGUCUGCAGUCUCAAGGCGUAGAGGCACAUGAAAUAACCAGUGAGGACAUGGUGCCUUCAGAACACAGCGUGAUCAUGCCUGAAAAUAUUCUGGGGACAGAGGUUGCAAUAGAGGAAGCUCUAGACGCCCAUCACCACCAUGUCCUAACCUCAGACCUCAUCCAGGACUCAAACCACCACCACGAUGACAUGCCAGACCAGGUGUUUGUGGCAGAGUUAUUGUCUGAGCACCAGGACAACACACUGGACCACGAGCUUGUGUCAGAAGGGUUGAUGGUGACGGAGGCAAAUUCUGAGACCAUAAUCCAUGAACAGCUGCCAACUGAGGCUGUUCCCCUGCAGACUGAUGAGGACGAUGAUGCAAGAAGCAGCUCUGAAGAUUACCUCAUGAUUUCCUUGGAUGAGGUGGGAGAGAAGUUGGACAUAGGAGACACUCCUCUUGAGAUCAGUACGGAGGUAAUGGAAGACAAGGAAUCCAAAGAAGAGGACGGCUCUGAGGUCAUCAAAGUCUACAUCUUUAAAGCUGAAGCAGAUGAUGAUUUAGGUGGAACAGAGGUAAUCACAGAAGAUGACUACCAGAAUGGCCACCCUGAUCUGGAAGCAGCAUCAUCGGGCAGGCUGGGAGUUGGCCGUGACAAGAUGGUCUACAUGGCAGUCAAGAACCACCCAAAAGAAGAAGAGGAUGAUGAGGAUGACAGCGAUGAUGAUGACGACGAUGACAUUGGUAACACCAUUGAUCAGGUGAAGAAUGGAGCUGCUACACCUUUUCUGCAAAUCCGCGAGGGCUUGGGAACAAAUCGUGCCCUCAAACCCAAAGCUAAGAAAAAGAAGAAAGGAGAAACACGGCAAUGUCAGACUGCUGUUAUCAUUGGACCAGAUGGAAUGCCUUUGACUGUCUACCCUUGCCACAUCUGUGGAAAGAAGUUUCGGUCACGGGGCUUCCUCAAAUGCCAUAUGAAGAACCACCCGGACCAUCUGCUUAAGAAGAAGUACCAGUGUACAGACUGCGACUUUACCACCAACAAGAAGGUCAGUUUCCACAACCACUUGGAGAGUCACAAGCUUUUGAGCCACAACAGUGAGCGAUCUCCAGAAUAUACUGAGUACACACGGCGCUACCACGAGUCCAGCCCCCUGGGUUCGGACAAACUCAUCGUCAAGGACCGGGAGCCCAAACUGCAUCACUGCAAGUACUGCGAUUAUGAGACAGCUGAACAGGGUCUGCUCAACCGUCACCUCCUGGCCGUGCACAGUAAGAACUUUGCACAUGUCUGUGUCGAGUGCGCCAAAGGCUUUCGUCACCCGUCAGAGCUGAAGAAACACAUGCGGACCCACACAGGCGAGAAGCCCUACCACUGCCCGCACUGCGAGUUUCGCUGUGCAGAUCAGUCCAACCUAAAGACUCACAUCAAGAGCAAGCAUGGUGCAGAUCUGCCUUUUAAGUGCAGCCACUGUCCCCAAGCUUAUGCUGAUGCACGGGAACUCCAGCGUCAUAUAGAGAUGGUGCAAGGCCACAAGACCCACCAGUGCCCGCACUGUGAGCACAAGAGCACCAACUCCAGUGAUCUGAAGCGUCACAUUAUCUCAGUUCACACUAAGGACUUUCCCCAUCAGUGUGAUGUAUGUGAGAAAGGCUUUCACAGGCCCUCAGAGUUGAAGAAGCACGCGGAGACGCACAAGGGCAACAAGGUGCACCAGUGCCGGCAUUGUAACUUCAAUGCUCCCGACACUUUCACCCUGAGUCGCCAUAUCCUGUCCUUGCAUACAAAGGACCUCCCUUUUAAGUGCAAGCGAUGCCGGCGAGGCUUCAGGCAGCCUGCUGAGCUGAAGAAGCACAUGAAGACACACAGUGGUAGAAAGGUUUAUCAGUGCCAGUAUUGUGAGUAUAACAGUACGGACGCUUCUGGCUUCAAACGCCACGUCAUCUCAAUUCACACCAAGGACUACCCCCACCGCUGCGACUACUGCACCAAGGGCUUUAGGAGGCCUUCAGAGAAGAGCCAGCACAUAGCCAGGCAUCACAAAGACAUGUUGAUGUAAUGUCAUCGCACACACACAAACACACUCCUCUUUUCCGAGUAAAUCUGUGUCACACACCCAGAGGUAAUUUUAGUGUAUUAACAAAGAAAUGACGGAUGCAGGCAGUUGAUAAAGGCAACAACAUUAUAUUUGCUGUUCUGUGUUCUGUGUUGUAUUGCGUAUACACCUCCUCCCCCAGGAGUAAUGCAAGAACACAUUUUAGAUGGGGGUGAAGUCUACAAAAGACCGUGUGCACACUGAGUGGGACAGCUGUAAAUUGUCUUUUGUUGCAGAAAAUCACAUAUGAACAUAUAUUCAGGGUUUCAAAUGUCUAUAUUUUUAUACCCACUCAGCUGAAAUGCUGCAAGAUGAUGACUGUGUCUUGUAAAACAGGCGGUGCUUUCUGAACGUCAUGCUAGUUCUUCAGAUGAUGUGGAACGAGUACAGAAGAAGUUUGCCUCCAUUGUACCAACUAGUAUCUUCCUUAUUAACCAGCUUUUACCCUGACAUUUGUUUUCAAUGCCAUGUGGUCUUUAAUGGACAGGGCCAUCUAUGUUCAAAAUGGGUUUUCAUUGAUGUUGACAAACAAUGCAUCUUGAAAAGAUAUUUCAUUAAACCUAACAGCUGAACUUUCAUCAUUUUGGAUUUUCCUCCCAAGCCUAAACACUUGGAGUUCCAUUAAAUUAUCAUGUAUAAAUAAUAUAGACUAUAUUCUGUUAAAUAUGUCUUAAAAGUUGAAUCAGAAAUUUUCUGGUCUGGUCAACAUUGUCUAGCACAGAGAAGAGUGCAGUUGGUUUAUUAGAAUAUCCCUUUAGUGUACACAUUUCUGACACAGAAAUCCACGAUUACAUCUGCUAUGAUGGUGCAGAUAAUUGACCGGUGUAUUAUUAUUACAUGAACUUGACAGAUGGUUGGCUUCACGUUUAAUAACCCCUGAAGUGGUUAUAUCCGACUGCCACUGUAAGUUGCAUAUGUGUGAUGUUACCUGACACAGAUGUACUCUCAGCUAACCGUUUGAUUGCAAUCAUGCCUUACAUCUGUUGGUCUUUAUCCCUUAAGCACUGAUGAACACAGCUAAUCAGAAAAUAAGUGAUUUUUAACUCUCAAACAUGCUGUAUCAAUGCCAUUCUCUCAGAGAUUAUGUGUUUGAGUCAGUAGAAAGCACUUUAAUCAUUUUUUUUUCUUUUUUUGUAUUUUAAUGACAUGUAUGGGAUUUUAUUGUCUAGGAAUAUAUCUGUGCAUUCCUAGAUAAUAAACACAUACAGAGCUUUGUGAGUGGGUAAAGGUGAAGAUUCUUUUGAGUGUUAUCUCUAGCAAGUGGGCACGAUCCAUUACUGCAUCACAACUGAAUUGUCAUUGACAGCGGUGGGUGAAACCAGUUAUUGUUUUGUUCUAUGGAUAAGUGAUUGGGUUUUGUGUUUUGUUUGUGCUCACUAACAAGUUUCCCAGACACUAGUCCUCCAGUCCCAAAUAACCCAACCCAAUCCCAGACAUGGGAUUAUUUCCUUGAAGUCAGUGGUCAUCAUAUUGGCAUUAGUCUUUAAAGUAUGCACAUAUGCUGUCUCCAUGAAAUUAAUUGUGGUAUAUAUUAAAAAUCCCUGCAUUUCGUGUACCUUAGUCUAUAUUUUCUUUCAGUCUGAUUGUGGAUAAACUACUGGUGGGGAAGAACCAAAAUAAACAAUUAUCUUUUUA